AAACCCUAGCUCUCUCAUCCCUCUCUCUACGAUGAACCUCUCAUCACUGACACUCGAAUCAAACCCUAUCACAGCUCAACAGAGGAGCUUCUAUGGAAGAAUCAUCCGAACCUGUGCUGGGUCUCACCUUCUUCAUCUUCACCAUCGCAAGGACGCGGUGUUCUCUGUGAAGUCUGUUGCUUCUUCUCCUUCUUCUUCAUCGCCAUCUGCUGUGGCUGCUGAGCAGGCGAGUCAGGGGCUGAGUCGAAUCGGAUCGCUGAGUCAGGUCUCGGGCGUGUUGGGUUGUCAGUGGGGUGAUGAAGGUAAAGGCAAACUCGUCGAUAUCUUGGCCAAGCACUUCGACAUUGUCGCUCGUUGUCAGGGUGGAGCCAAUGCUGGACACACUAUUUACAAUGCAGAUGGGAAGAAGUUUGCCCUUCAUCUUGUUCCUUCGGGUAUUCUUAAUGAGGAAACUGUGUGUGUGAUUGGUAAUGGGGUUGUAGUGCAUUUACCAGGGUUGUUUGAAGAAAUUGAUGGCCUUGAAUCUAAUGGGGUCUCCUGCAAAGGUAGGAUAUUGGUAUCUGAUCGUGCUCACUUGUUAUUUGAUUUUCAUCAAGUAGUAGAUGGCCUUAGAGAGGCCGAGCUAGCUAAUUCCUUUAUUGGCACUACCAAGAGAGGCAUUGGACCAUGUUACUCCAGCAAAGGUAUUCGCAAUGGCAUUAGAAUAUGUGACCUUAGGCAUAUGGACACUUUACCUCAGAAGCUUGAUCUGUUAUUGUCAGAUGCAGCUUUAAGAUUCCAAGGUUUUAAGUAUAGUUCAGACAUGCUCAAAGAAGAAGUUGAAAAAUACAAGAGAUUUGCUGAGAGGUUGGAACCCUUCAUUGCUGACACUGUGCAUGUCGUGAAUGAAUCCAUUGCACAAAAGAAGAAGAUUUUAGUAGAAGGUAGUCAGGCAACCAUGCUGGAUAUUGACUUUGGAACCUAUCCAUUUGUAACUUUCUCUAGCCCAUCAGCUGGUGGAAUCUAUACUGGUCUUGGCAUUGCCCCUAGAAUUCUUGGUGACCUAGUUGGAGUGAUUAAAGCGUACACCACUAGAGUUGGUUCAGGUCCUUUCCCAACAGAAAUCUUGGGUAAAGGUGUUGACCUCCUUGGGUUUGCUGGGCUGGAGUUUGGCACGACUACUGGUCAUCCUCGUCGUUGUGGCUGGCUUGAUGUAGUUGCUUUAAAAUAUUGUUGUCAGAUUAAUGGCUUUUCUUCUCUAAAUCUCACUAAGCUUGAUGUCUUGUCGGAUCUUCCUGAAAUUCAGUUGGGGGUAUUGUAUAAACACGCCGAUGGUACACUAGUCAAAUCCUUCCCUGGUGAUCUUCGCGUUCUCGAGCAACUGAAGGUGGAAUAUGAAGUUUUAUUGGGGUGGCAAUGUGAUAUUUCGAAGGUGAGAAACUACUCUGAUCUUCCAAAGGCUGCACGGGAAUACGUGGAAAGGAUAGAAGAACUUGUUGGUAUUCCCAUCCAUUACAUAAGCGUCGGGCCUGGGCGUGAUGCUCUUAUAUACAAGUGAUAUUAUUUAUUAGGGUUUCUGUUCUUCUCAAUUGCUAGAAUGAAGCUUUUUAAUGCUGGAGGUGUAUGUCCCCUGUGAUUGGGAUUAAUUUUUGGACAAAGAGAUAAAUUUUUAGUUAGCGGACAUGCAUUCGUUGUAACAAAUAUUAAUUCUCAAUCUGGGCUACUUUGAUAGAGUUGUUGAAUUUGAAUAACUUUGCUGGGUAAUAAUAUAGGGCAUUUUGGUAUGAUACCAUGGCUUAGGCUCUGUUUGGUGCAGUUUGUAGGUUUUUUUUUUUUUUUUUUUGAACAGUAAAUCAGUCAAUUUUGGA